CGGGAGCACGCGACAGGGUUCGACAGGAGCUGAGCACAGUUCGGCCCGGCAUGGCGCUUUUACUGGAGCAGGCAGUUGGUCUUCUGGGCCGUGCAACAGCUGCCGCAAUGGGGAGCUGCGCCCAGACGCGAUUGAGCUGCCAAAAUGGCGUUUCCAGAAGGCACGAAGGCGUCGAGAUUCCGAGGUUACCACGCCAAGAGAUCAGCAUGCUGCGCAAUGUGCGGAGGCUGGUCGCAGGUCGGAUGGACAGGUCCGCGGGGCGAACGCGAUAAUCAUAUUUAAUCUCGGCCGUCUCGCGCCUCCGUUUCCUCGGCACCUUAGCCAUACCUGUCUACGACUACUACUUUCAAGAUGAGGACCACGGCCACCUGUCUCCUCGCCCUGGCCCUCCCGGCACUGGCCACCACCGCCGCCAAUGCUGGAGCAGCCAACGGACAUGACGGGCCCGGUGGGCAUCACGGACCCGGCAAGCCCGACUACAACAACAAGAAGCCGCUCGUGAGCUCGGCCAAGCUGCAGUCGCUGAUCAAGACCAAGGACCUGCUCGCGGGCUCGCAGAAGCUGCAGGACUUCGCCGACGCACACGGCGGCAACCGGGCGUUCGGCGGCGGCGGGCACAACGCCACGGUCGACUACCUCUACAAGACGCUGAAGUCGCUCAACUACUACAACGUGGCCAAGCAGCCCUUCACCGAGAUCUACUCGGAGGGCACGGGGUCGCUUAGCGUCGACGACGCCGCCAUCGCGGCCGAGAUCCUGACCUACACGCCGGGCGGCGAAGCCACGGCACCGCUGGUCGCCGUCGCCAACCUCGGCUGCGACGCCGCCGACUACCCCGCCACCGUGGCCGGCAACAUCGCGCUCAUCUCGCGCGGCACGUGCCCCUUCAGCCAGAAGUCGGUCAACGCCAAGGCCGCGGGCGCCGUCGCGGCCGUCAUCUACAACAACGCGCCGGGUUCGCUGUCGGGCACGCUGGGCACGCCGUUCCUGGAGUAUGCCCCCGUCGUGGGCAUCAGUCAGGAGGACGGCGCGGCGCUGCUGGCCAAGCUUGCCGCCGGCGCCGUGACGGCUACGUUCAAGGUUGAUGCCGUGGUGGAGGAGCGUGUUAGCUAUAAUGUCAUUGCCGAGACUAAGGAGGGUGAUCACGAUAAUGUGCUUGUUGUGGGCGGCCACUCGGAUUCAGUGCCUGCCGGGCCGGGGGUGAACGACGACGGCUCCGGCAUCAUCGGCAUUCUGAACGUUGCCAAAGCACUCACCAAGUUCCGCGUCAAGAACGCCGUACGCUUCGCCUUCUGGAGCGCCGAGGAGUUCGGCCUGCUCGGGUCGUACCACUACGUGAAGUCGAUCAACAGCUCCGAGGCCGAACUAAGCAAGAUCCGAGCCUACCUCAACUUUGACAUGAUCGCAAGCCCGAACUACAUCUACGCCAUCUACGACGGCGACGGCAGCGCCUUCAACCUGACAGGCCCCGCCGGCUCGGACGUGAUCGAGGCCGACUUCGCCUCCUUCUUCACCUCGCGCAAGGUCCCCUCCGUCCCGACGGAAUUCAACGGCCGGUCCGACUACGCCGCCUUCAUCGAGAACGGCAUCCCGUCGGGAGGCCUGUUCACGGGCGCCGAGGGCCUCAAGACGGCCGAGGAGGCCGCGCUGUUUGGCGGCGAGGCGGGAGUCGCGUACGACGUCAACUACCACAAGAAGGGCGACACCGUCGAUAACCUGGCCCUGGAUGCGUUCCUGUUGAAUACCCAGGCCAUUGCCCACUCGGUGGCUAAGUAUGCGACGAGUUGGGAGAGUCUGCCGGCGGUGGAUAGGAAGACGCGCCGGUGGGAUGGUGACAGGGCGAGGAUGAUGAAGAGGGCUACGAGCAGCCAUGGGCAUUCGCAUGCCGGGCCUUGUGGGGGGAAUCGCAGUAUCUAGAACGGGUGUGUUCUGGUUGAUUAGAGUGUGGGGCACGGGGGUGUAUUUAUAAGCAGUAGUAUAAGUACUAGUAUGAGAUAAAAGGAAGCUGGAGGGGUCUGUAUUGGGAGGACGGGGUUGACCUGAAUGAAAAGCAUGAAUCACUA